GAUAAGUAAAAGUUACCGUCUAGAUGUAAUUAGAAGUUUAGAUAAGAACUUUAUAAAUGUUAUAUUGUAGAGUUUAACACAAGAGAUAACAAUAAUGGUUCAUAUUUAAUUACGGAAAUAUGUCACUUUCAAAAUAUUUAACAGAGUACUUUUCAGAUGAAGAAAGUGGGGCAAUAAGCGAUUCUGAAGAAGAAGGACAAGCAGAUGCCAAGCCGAAGCCGAAAGACUGGCGUCCAUCAACAUUUUUAUCUCUGGACUUUUCGGUUCACCUGUCGGUAUCUCUGUCAAACGUAACACCAUAUCGAGCGAUAAGGUUUGACACGGUUGAUACGAAUCAUGAUAAUUGCUAUAAUGCCACAACAGGGCGAUUUACUGCACCGCUAAAAGGAUUGUAUGUUUUCUUUGCCACAAUAACUACCACCGAAAGACUUAAAGCAUCGCUUUGUUUUAUUCAUAAGUUCCACCCUGUGGACCAAUCGAGAGUUAAGGAAAGGGAGCAACUAAUAGAGGGGUUUAGCAACAAAACUAUAGCUGUGGUGCUGACACUUGAUAAAGAGGACGACGUGUGGGUUCUAAAUGUUUCCAAAGUGUCAGAUGUCAGCCAAAUGCAAGAACCUUACUACACAUCUUUCUCGGGUGGUUUAGUAGACAAACUUACUUCAGACUGACUGUCAUCAGUUGAUUUUGUGUAAAUGAUUUAUGUUGUCAGUUAUGCACGAAGUUGAUAAUGUUUUAAGGGGAAUCCACUGAGGUUUUUGGCAUGAAGGAACUAGAAAUAAUUUUCGAGAUUUAUGGUCCAUGGAUGAAGGCCUGGACCAAUUACCUGUAUGCAAAAAUUCAGAUCAUUCGCUCACAAUGUUUUAUUUUUAUCUUUUUUUUAAGUUAGUUAAAUUGUGUAAAAUGGCGCAAAAUUGAAAAGAGUUCCUUCGCGUUUCACUCAAAUCGGGCUAAGAAUAGCACAAAAAUACGAUUUUUAACUCCAUUUAAUGUUAAAUUUUUUUUCGGUUUCUACCACCAUAAAAAAGAUAUAUAAAUUAUGUUUUUACAUCUAUAAAUUUUAGUUGGACAUUAACUAGAUUUAUUGGAAUAAAUAUCGUCAAAAACUCUCAGCAUAAAAGAACUUUUUGUAUACAUGUUGACUUUCUUAGCGUAGGUUAAACCGACAUACUGUAUGUGCAUUUACUAUUGUGUCCGAGGUCCUUGUCCUAUGACUGACAGAAAGGACCGAAAACUUGCGUUUGCCAAUAACAAUCAAUUUAGUUAUUUCUACAUGAAUAUUUAACAGUUCCCAUCAUACUUCAGUGAAAAAAGAUAGGUGAAUAGAGAAAAAUCAUAGUAUAAAUGAAAGGGGAUGGAAUUUAUCAGGGUAUUCAUUUUCAAGAAAUAAAAGUUGUCU